AUGACUAAACAGUGGAUCUUGAGAUCCGCUCUGAACAUCGUAAGUAAUGGAAAAGUAGACAGAAAAGUAAGUAGAGAGUUCCAGAGAAAAGAGCCAGAAAAAGGAAAAGCAGAUUUAGCAAAAGAGUGUUUAACACUAGUUAAGAAAGAAUUGAUCAGGAGCAAAUUUGAACAAAUAACGACGGCGUCGGCCUCAGGUUGUCUCUUCCCUUUCACGUUGAACGGUUCGCUCUACAGGGAAACCUGUUCGAUAAUCUACACUCACAUUCCUGGGAACUGCAACACCUCCGUGUGUCCGGUGCUCUACAGCGGCUCCUCCGUCGACGACCCAUUCGUUUACUGGGCCACCUGCGAUAGGUACAAUUAUGAGCAGAAGAUCUCGAUCGUUUCAAUGCCAAUCGUUUGCGGUGACUUGAAUGGUACUCUCAUCAAAAUACCUGAACUGAACUGGAUACUCGUACAAAGUAAAAUGUGGAGCAGUGAUGGUGAAAAUUAUUUCAACAAAUCUUGGAUGGAAUUCAAGGAAGACAUUCCAACGCCAUCGCCUAUUCCAGAAAAAACGAUGAAUGAACUGACGGCUGCUGCCACCACGCUUGCGACAAGCGAUGUUAGCCAUGAUUUGCCGCUAACAACAACAGCAACAAUGCUUACGACAAGCGAUGUUAGCAGCGAUUUGCCAAUAUCAACACUGUCACCCGCGAACAACUAUUCAGAAACUACAACAUCGAAUAUGAAUCAGACAAAUUUUACAGAGACCACGGCACGUGCUGUCAACCAAACAACGCUUCGUUACCGCCUGAUUGCCCGACGUUACUGGAGGUUGAGGAUAGAGAUGGCAGCCGAUGAUGGCAGCUGGUAUUCGACGGAAUAUAACUCUUUCAAGGUGUUCUCAGAAGAUGACAACUACCGAAUUGAACUGAAGUUGUAUGAGGUUGGAGCUAGUGACCUGAUGGAUAACAUGCUGUCCAACCAAUCCGCUCCAUUUGCCACGUAUGAUCGAAACGCCAUCAACCUCAAUUAUUCGAAUGCAUUCCCUAGCACGCUACUACCAACGACAGCCCCCGUCGGCUGGUGGUGGGAUGACAACACCACCUCAACCCUUUUCAACGACAGCCGCACAAACUGCUUGUCAUCCUUGAACUCCUACAACUCGUGUUGGCGUAACGUGAAAGGUCAAGUGAUACGUUUCAGGCAGACGAGAAUGUACAUGCAGCCGAUACAGCAGAUAUUCAACGUUUCUUAUUGA